CAAUUCGAAGAAGAGGUCGCGAUGACAACUGUGGCCGAGGACGACGGUCGUCCCUCUUCCGACGAAAGGAACGUCUGCGUUCCGCAACAGUUACUAGAAGCGAACGAAUUGUUAAAAUCGAUCAAUAGAAGACUGGAGGACUGCGCUUUGGAAUGGCAAGCAGAGAUCUCUCGUAAACAGUGGAGAAUGUUCAAUUCGAAAGCGAUGAUCGGUGCGGCUCAUCUGACCGAACGAUCAGCUCUGUUAGCGAGAACGUAUUUUAGGCAGAAAAACCUUGACGAAGCUUUCAAGCAUUUACUCUCUUGUAACAAAAUCUUUUCAGAAUACUUGAACGACUUCAUUGAUCUCUUGCGAGGUGACCUGUCCGAUUCGAACGUUGAGGAGCGUAACGUGCAGGAUGAUCGAUGUCGCGGUGCGACGGAGCAAAUCGACGAUUCGAAAGAUUCGAAGGAUACCAGGACCGAGGAGACCACAGGAGAGAACAGGUUUCCCUCCACGGACGAUCGAGGUUCCAGCACGGGAGAAACGAUCCGGGAUUAUCUCGAUAAUUUCGUGACGGUCCAAAACUCGUUUACCGAUGUGAUAAAAGCCAAGCUCGACUUUGAUACGAAAUUUUUGGGAUUCGAAGCUGUGUUGCAUAAAGCAACCGUGUCCAUGUCCUCGGAACCGUUGUGCCUGUGCCAGUAUUCUUCCAGUAACAUGCCAAGUACUCGUGGCAGAAAAUUAAGGAGCGUAACCGUUGAUCGCAGACGUAAUCGAACAAUUACAAAAACUAAACGGUUGACCGGGCCGGCAAGAAAUAGGUCGUCGAGAAAGAGAAAGAGAGAAGAAUCGUCAAUAAUUAUUGGAGAUUCUGGCGAUCGACCGCUGGUCGACAUCGAUUAAACAGUACGCAGACAGUAUGGACAGAGGUUCGUUUUACCAACGAACGAGCGAGCGAUCGUCCAUCACAAU